UAACAACCCGACGCCAGUUACAUUAACCUAACUGUUACAAAACCCUAAACCACUUGAAGGGUUGAACUUGUUACAGACGAAUCUUCUUGUUAGCGUACGUGGAGGUGAGGUUUGCCUAAGAACCUACAUCAGGGCAAAAAUUUCACGAAGUAGCAGCACAACCGGUCGGGUGGCGAAAAAUCCUGCCUGUACUUUGACAGCUCGGUACUCGACGUCUGUCAUAGAGUACUGUAUGGUCGUGAUACUUGAGGACGUGUCAUCGACCAUUUAACUGUAUGACAGUCACUUUACACGGCAAGUGAAUCGUUUGUUUUCAGAUGAAGGUGUUAAGCUAACUUUAUCUAGCUAACACUUUAUAUGUAGGUAAGCUUGUAGCUAACUGGCGCUGCUAAAGACUGACAUUGUGCUAGCAACUUGUUAGCUGGCUAGCGGCGACAGGGAUACUCGCAGCACUGUGAUGGCCAGCGAGGGUUAGCCGCACUCUGCCAUCAAUUUGGUAACUACAUUUUUAUUUUCUUUAUAUCUCUUUCCGUUUCUAGAUUUAAAAAGUGUUCUGUUAGCAUUUUUGGGGUUAGCCGGUGCUUAUUUUUAUUUACAGGAUAACGUUGACAGAUAUUCUUCAUCGAGGCUAAGUUGUAGCUUGCUGCCUCUGUUGUUUACAUGUGUAUACAUGGAUAGCGGUCAGCUGGAGUGCUCUUUGUGUGGCAUGCGGUGGUCGUAACAAGACUGGAUCGACUACAGAACAACCCAAGUAGAGAUAUGGGAAUGGAGCUGGGAGGUAGCUAACGUCUGUCGACGUUAGCCAGAACUGUACAGCCGACUCUCCGUUGAAAAUGAGGAAUAGUGGGGUUCUAAAGGAGGACAUCUGUGCCUGCUUGGCUGUUUGAUUAUCAGUGGGCGUUGGACAAAGGACAGGAGCUUGUUUGUCCAUUUUAAAGCUAAACGUGAGGCAAGACUACACGAGGAGAAUAAGAAAUAAACUUUGCUGGGACCACCGUUCUGGCGCUGGGAUGAUGAUGCUAAAGACCCUACUGAUCACCAGUCUUCUUGGCUGGGUGAAAUGUCAAGAGAGCCAGAGCAUGACAUCAGAGGAGAAGACUGUUAUCAGGGACCAGAUUAUUGAAAUGUUUGAUCACGCUUAUGGCAGUUACAUGAAAUAUGCCUAUCCAGCCGACGAGCUAAUGCCUCUAAGCUGCAGGGGGAGAGUACGUGGCCUGGAGCCCAACAGAGGCGACAUAGAUGACUCCUUGGGAAAGUUCUCUCUCACAUUGAUUGAUACCCUUGAUACCCUGGUGGUGUUAAACAAGCUAGACGAGUUUGAGGACGCAGUGAGGAAGGCUGUGAAGGAUGUGCGCCUGGACAAUGAUGUGGUGGUGUCUGUGUUUGAGACCAACAUCAGAGUUUUGGGAGGGCUUUUGGGUGCCCACGUGAUGGCUGACCUGCUCCGUCAGCGGGGGGACAGGAUGCAGUGGUAUCAAGAUGAGCUUCUACACAUGGCCAAAGAACUGGGGCAUCGAUUACUGCCUGCCUUCAACACCACAAGUGGCCUUCCCUACCCUAAGGUGAAUCUUCGGUAUGGAGUCCUGAACCCACUUUCACGCACAGGCACUGAAUCAGACACCUGCACGGCCUGUGCAGGAACAAUGAUCCUGGAGUUUGCUGCCCUCAGCAGAAUGUCAGGAGAGUCUGUGUUUGAGGAGCAUGCAAGGAAGGCUAUGGAUGUCCUCUGGGACAGGAGACAGAGAGGAAGUGAUUUGGUGGGGACUGUCAUCAAUAUCCAUAACGGAGAAUGGGUCCGCAGGGACAGUGGAGUUGGGGCAGGUAUCGACUCAUACUAUGAAUAUCUAAUGAAGGCCUACAUUCUUCUAGGAGAUAAUGUUUUUCUGGAGAGGUUCAACAUUCACUACAGUGCCAUUAUGAAGUACAUCAGUCAGCCUCCCCUGCUGCUCAAUGUACACAUGCACAACCCCACUGUGAGCGUGCGCAGCUGGAUGGACUCUCUCUUGGCGUUCUUCCCUGGCUUACAGGUUUUAAGAGGAGAUCUGAAACCAGCUAUUGAGACUCAUGAGAUGCUUUACCAAGUCACCAAACAGCACAAAUUUCUUCCGGAGGCUUUCACUACAGAGUUCAGAGUUCAUUGGGGCCAACACCUACUGAGACCAGAGUUUGCAGAAAGCACCUACUACCUCUAUAAGGCCACUGGUGACCCCUACUACCUCAGAGUGGGACAGUCCAUUGUGGAAAAGCUCAAUGCCUACGCCAGGGUGCCUUGCGGGUUUGCUGCUGUGCAAGAUGUCCGCACUGGGGCACAUGAAGACAGGAUGGACUCCUUCUUUCUGGCAGAGAUGUUUAAAUACCUGUACCUGCUGUUUUCGGAGAAGAGCCAGCUGCCCAUCGAUAUUGAUGACUACAUCUUCACCACAGAGGCUCACCUCCUCCCCGUCUCUCUCUCUACCACCAAGCCGCCCUGUAAAGGCAACAUUACGGUGAGAGCUCUUGCUUCAUCACUAACACAGGAGACUGUUCCUGUUUCUCAAGAAGAAGAUCUGUUCACACAUUCCUGCCCCAGCACAGAGACGUUGUUUCCCAACAACCCUUCAUUUGCAAAAACCAUCCGGGACAGCUACAAGUACCUCACUGGGGUGGGACGAGCCUUCCGCCCCUUACCUGUCAGGGAAAUUGAACUACCACUCCACGAUAAUGGCAUGGAACCAGUGGAGUUUUUGAAAAGCAUGGGCAUUUCUCUCACUCCACUGAAUGAGCUCGCAGCGGGGGACACUGGAAAUCUGAAGGAGCACAAAGGAGUCUACCGGGUAAAACUUGUGGCAGAGGUAAGCCAGACAGCAGAGGAGGAAGAGGUGGUGCCUCAUGUUGUUCAGCUCAUAUCUCCCCCAUUUCUGGGUCGGACAGUCCUCACAGCGGGACCUGCUAAGUUUGGAAUGGACCUUUCCAAACAGGAGCACGGGGUGAAGGGCAGCAUAGUGAAAGCCUCCCCCUAUACUGCCUGUGGGCCAAUAGAUAACACAGUGGAGCUUAAAGGCCGGAUCGCUCUGGCAUUGCGUGGUGACUGCAUGUUUGCUGCAAAGGCUCGUCGGCUACAGGAGGCCGGAGCCAUAGGAGUCAUCUUUAUAGACCACCGUGAGGGAAGUAAUAGCGAGGAAACUCCCCUCUUUCAGAUGGUUGGCGAUGGAGACUCCACUGAAGACAUCACCCUAGCGCUGGUCUUCCUGUUCAGCCGUGAGGGUGCAGUGCUCACAGCUGCCCUGGAGGAGCAUCACAAUGUGGAUGUGCUACUGCUGCCCAAGGAGAGGCAGCUGGGACAUGAUAAGACAGAAAAACAUGUCGGCAUGAACAUCAAACUCCGCCUGGCAGAGGAGGGGGAGCUGGAGGAAGGAGCAGCCAGAGGGCCCACCCUGGAGUUUGUCUUGGAGAAAGACGAAGUGCUGCUUCAGGAAGAGGAGCUUGGAGAAGAACGACAAUCGCAGCAGCAGCAGAAGUUUUGUGCAAAGGCAACAGAGAACGACAGAACUGAACCAUGUUCGGCAGAUUCAUCUCAAACCCCAAACUCUGGACCAAACACAAAUCCUUGACUGCUGCAGAUCACGAAGCAGCCAAAUUUCUUAACACUGAUCCCUCGUCAGUUUCUGAAUGGCAUGUGCCUCAGAGCCCCUCACUGCCCUACAAGGAGCCCUGACUGACCCAGCCUGCAUGUUUACAGCCGAUGGAGGAGGAUCAAGCACUGCAAUGGCCACACUCACAUCCUGCCUUGACUUUGAAACAUAAAGACGGCUCUAUAUUUAUUAGACAGACAGUCAAGUGUAGCUCUUAUUCUGUGUGGUGCAGAAAAUGAGGGCUGUUAUGAUCUCAUGUGACUAGACUAGGUAGUUAAUGGCCAAAAACUGUAGGAUGAGAUGGCUGGGUUGGUGCUACCUAAACCUAGCCUGUAGUAUUGCUACUGUAGGUACAUAGAAGGUGUACGUGAUGAUAUUGACAUAGAUUAUUAACUAGAAUUUAAAAUUACCUCAUCUUAGAGGAGAUAAGGCAACAAAAAUGUACUCCGCUAUGUUUUUAUGCAAUGCUGUUUGUUUUCAAUCUAGACUGCACCUUUUACAUCAACAAGUACUGUUAAAUAUUUAGUAAUGAUGAAUUACUGGCCAGUAGGUGGUGUUAGCUACCAUGGCCUCAGUAAUAUAAUGUUGGUAGAUGAAGUAGAAGAGCUGGGGCCAAUUUGGAAAGUUUAUUUUACUUUUUAAUAGGAAGCAACUUCAGGGAAUUUCAAGAGUGAAUGCAGUUUGCUAGGUUGACCCAUUUGAUGAGACAUUUGUGUGUGUGUGAGUGUGUUCUGCAUUUCCUUUUUUUGCUAAUAUGUGUGUGAGUGUGUGCGUGUGUGUGCAAAGGUGUGUAAUAACUAUAAUACCCAAGAAAGCAUCUCAGCUGAAACAUCAUUGCUAUUAGAUGGAACCCUCCAAUCUUUACAAAUUCAUCAUCCAAGAAAUAAAGAAUGAAAAGUCUGUUAGAUUGAUCACCAUGAACCUUUUGAUAUUCAGUUUGGAUUUUUUUUAGCUACUUUUUUUUCUGCACCGAUAAAUAACUGUGUAAUCAUUGUUGAGUUGUAAUUAAUAUGUCAUCUUAAAAACAUUGCAAAAAUCACCAAAGCUGUUUUUUUUGCAACUAAAGUCUACAUGCACAGUAACUCUGGUUAACUCCAGAUGCAGCAUCACAGGUUGGUCUGCUGUCUCUGGUCAUCUGUGGCAGAUUCAAGCAGAAAUUACCAAUUCAGCCUGUCAUUGCAUUUGUGUGUGUGUGUGUGUGUGUGUAUGUUGUAAUACUGAUGUCUGGUAGGAUUGCUGGAGUACUGCAGAAGCAUCAUUCAAAAUGCUAACUGUUUCACUGUAAAGGCUAAUUGGAUCAUGCACAUUGUUUCCAAAAUAUGACUAAUACAGUUGUACUCCACAAAUUUCUUGGAUGCACUUUUGAUCCAGUUUUGUUGUUUCUUUUGUCAAGACUUAAGACUUCAGAUUUAUUCAUCUUUCUGUCACUCGCACUCUACACAAACAAAAUAGUUUUUUGGGCAUUAUUAUGUGUAAUAAUUUUAUGCAACAAAUGAGAAUAGAGUAACUCUUUAAUCGGUUUGUUCACAUUCACUCGUUUUAUUCUCACUAUAAAUCACUGCAUGUGUUUUGUCUUUGUUGUACGUGAAAUGUGAGCUGAAGUUUGUGUGGGGUUAGCACUUUUUGUGCCACGGUGUGUUUUCUUUGAUGUUUGUACAGUGGGCCUUUUCCUGAUGCUGCUGAGUUUAUUUUGAGUCUUAAUCCAACAUGACAUUUUAUUUUUGUGUUAAGCCUGUAUGAGGCACUGCCAACCCGUAUACCUCAGGACUGUGUACGUUACUGUUCACACAGAGAAAAAGGACCAUGGACAAGAAGUAGGGGAUUGUUUUUUAUUAUUUUUCUUGCUAUUUAAUUUUGUUCUGUUUUCUAAGGUUUCUGUUGAUUAAUGGCUAUAGCUCAAAAAGUGCCAAAAGAGAUGCACGACAAGUCUCUGGUUUCUGUUACACAUCUUCUCUGUAUUCGGUUUCUGACUGUGAGCUGAGGCAGUCUCAUCAAUAAAUUCAAACUGACAAUUUU